AAGGCUUGGGCUCGAUCUACGCUUGGUGUUCCUUUUGUUCUGACAAUUCCACUUCAAGUUGCUCUUUAUUUGAUGGAGCUUGUCGACCGUGCAGUCCACGAGGGCCAUUCUGUUUCCGUUAUUGAGUCUGUCUGCUAUAGUAUCCGCUGGGGUGGAACCUCCGCAGGACCUCCGCUGGUGCAUGGUCAGGGGCGUUGUCGAGGGUGCGCGGAGAAAAUUGGCGGGAGCAGCCUUUGUCUCACGAUCGGAUUGUCGAUAUUACUUUAAGUUUGAACACUACUUCCUCAUCCUGAGGGGACAUUCUUUUUUUGUUCAUCCUUUUAGUUGGCUUUCCUGUUAAUCUUAGAGUUAAAGAUAUUACUAUCUUUGAAGACUUCAUGAAAAUUAAUUUGAUUAAGCGUAAAAAUGAUCAGCACAGAGACGGGCACGUUUCAGUUUUCGAAAGGUCCUGCAAACCUACGUGCCCAGUAGGGAUUACUGAGAGGUUGUUUUCUUAA